CUUCCUUCCACCGCAUCCUCCGCUGCUAAUGGCGCCCUCUGCUGCUGCCUCGACAUCAACACACGCACCAGCAGCAGUACCAGAUGACCUGUCCGUGCUCCUCGUGACGGCAGGCUAUGAUCAUACCAUCCGAUUCUGGGAAGCGUGGUCCGGCAUCUGCUCGCGAACCAUUCAACAUCCCGAUUCACAAGUAAACCGUCUCGCCAUCAGUCCAGAUAAGAGAUGGCUCGCAUCAUGUGGGGUGGGAGUCGUCAGACUAUACGAUUGCAGAAGUGCGCUGGCUGGUAAUCAGGCCGCGAGCAUUCAGGCGGGCGGCCAAGGAGGAGGGCAGGGAGCGGCAGGUGGGCCGGCAGGCCAAGGAUCGGGAGCCCCUGGCGUGACUCAGCCAGUCGCAACAUUCGAGGGACAUAAUGGCAAUGUCACUUGCGUAGCUUGGCAUUGCGAGUCCAAAUGGCUCGUGUCCGGCGGAGAAGACGGUACUCUGCGGAUCUGGGACACUCGCUUCCCUCGUCCUCAACGCCUGUACGACCAUCGCUCGCCCGUCAAUGACGUCGUCGUACACCCGAAUCAAGGCGAGCUCGUCAGCUGCGAUCAAGCCGGAUCAGUCAAAGUCUGGGAUCUGGGCGAGAAUGGCUGCAGCCAUGAGCUCGUACCAGAAGAGGAAGUCGGCAUCCGCAGCGUCAGCGUAGCAAGCGACGGCUCAUGUCUAGUAGCAGGCAACAACAGGGGUAACGUCUACGUGUGGAGGAUACAGAGCGGCAUGUAUCCGAGUCAGAGCGAGACGAGCGCAGCAGGCAAGGGCAACGGACAAGAUCUGGCGGCAAAGCAACAGCAACAGCAGCAGCGCAGACAAGCAGGUGAAGAGGGAGAUGGUCAGGACGAUGAUAAUGUCGACGCGUCGGCGAGGGAGAGGGCAGCUGCUGUGGCUAAUGGCGGUGGAGGUGACUUUACGGACUUGCAGCCGGUGACGAAGUUUCGUGCUCACGACAAGUACCUGAUUCGAUGCAUCCUCUCCCCCGACGUUCGACACCUAGCAACCACUUCAGCUGACUCGACGGUCAAGAUCUGGAGCACGUCGCGGUAUAGCUUCUCCCUCUCCAAGACGCUCCUUGGCCACCAACGCUGGGUAUGGGAUGCAGCAUUCAGCGCAGACUCGGCCUACCUGGUAACGGCGAGCUCAGAUCAUGUCGCGCGACUGUGGGAGCUCAGCAGUGGGGAGACGGUCAGAAGCUACAAUGGGCAUAACAAGGCCGUCGUCUGUUGCGCAUUAAAUGACAGUGCGGGAGGAGGGGGAGGGGGAGCACCAGCAGCUGCGACAGGGACUCAGGGACAGGCAGGCAUGCCUUCAUGA